AUGGAUUCUAUGAAUAAAGAUAUGACACAGAUGUCUGAUUUUUCCGCAGGUGUCGCGGUACUUGUUAUGGGUAUGACCGGUGUUGGAAAAAGCACCUUUAUAUCGAAGCUUAUCGGAGGCGAUACUGGUAUUGGCCAUGAACUGACAUCUUAUACACAGGGUGUUGAAUUCCAUAGUAUGAUGGUCAAAGACAGGCCUGUGUACUUGGUGGAUACACCCGGAUUCAACGACACCUAUCGGGUCAGCUUUGAGGAACUUCAAGCUUUUAGAAUCUAUGUGCGGCUUGGCUGCUGCACCCGGAUGUUCCUCGUCACUACUAUGUGGGACUCGAUAGAUGGGUAUGAAGCACAACUUCGAGAAUCGCAAUUAUUGACCACAAGGCAGUUUUGGGGGCGGUUUUUUGAACAGGGUAGUCAAGCAAAGCGAUGGCGUGGUGGUGAGGGGUCCGCCCUCUUAAUCGUCGAUGAAUUGAUUUCAUUAGGGGAAAGGGGAGGCUGUAAAUCCCUCCUCAUCCAAAAAGAAGUCGUUGACGAGGGAAAACACCUGAAGGAGACGACCGCCGGGCUAGAGCUUAUGUCUGAGUACAUCAUAGCCGAGAAGGCAUUGAUUCAGGAAAUGCGCUUUCUUCAAUCAGACGAGUCAGUCUCUCAACACGAUGCUACAACCAGUCUCUCAGAAUUGAAAAAAGAGAUCAGGGAAAUGAAACAAGCACAAAAGAAGCUUAGAGUGUCAACUCAAGAACUGUUUGCUGAAAGGGAACAUUCUUAUAGCAAAGUGCUUUCGAAGAUGCGUGAUGAGCAACAGAAGCUUUCUGGUGAGCUCCAAGAACAGAAGCGACAAUACCAGAGAUUGCAAAACGAGAUGAAGCGAGAUGAUAAGCUACACGCAGAAGAGAACGACAUUCGCAACAAGAAAAGAGCAGAUCUUGAACAUCAAGAACGAAUCGGCUGUCGCAGGAGAGACAGCAUCGAGAUAGAGUACAAAAAAAUUCAAGAGGAGGAAUCCCUUUUUGAAGAGUACCUGGGUGAUUUCAAGCAAGAGAAUGAAAGUAGCAUGUCACAAAUAUCGCAAGAUAUGCAAGAAUUGAGAAAACGAGACGUGCUGAAGCGAAACAUAUUCCCAAUACUGGGACUUUUAGCUGGAGUGGGCCUAACUGCUGUUGGCACUGCCACAGGGUUAUUUCCACUGGCGGGAGCUGGGGUGGGAUUGACUGUGAGCAGCGCCAGUGAGAUAAAGCUAUCCCGGAAGGUCCGACAUGAAGCAUCACACGAGAACUAUCAUAGUUCAUUUGUAUCGAAUUCCUCCACGACAACUUUGAAUGGAGCGCAACUUUCGGGCUUUUUCAGUGGUAAUAACUAA